AUGGCAAAAGGAAAGACCAGAGCUUAUUCUUUCCCACAAUUUCUACUCGCUCCUUUCUCCAGGGAUCAAGGCAAGGCCCCGUCCACUGGGGCUACCUCAGCCCAUUCGACGAAGUAUCUUGAUGGUCAUGUCUCAUAUCUUCAAUGCACUGGGUGCGCGGCUCAUCUUUGUUUGACAUCGCAAAUAAUCAGCAAAGGUUUUACUGGGCGUCAUGGGCGCGCCUACCUUGUAUCCGCAGAGCCAAUUGCGACGGCAGUAUCGGUCAGCGCAUCCUCAUCGCCAACUGCGACCCUCCCCAACACAAUUUUACAUCAUCCAGUACCACGUCAGCUGGUGACAGGAGCUCAUACCGUCAGUGAUGUCAGUUGUGUCAUCUGUGGCAGCAUACUGGGGUGGAAAUAUGUGGCUGCCCAGGAAGAAUCACAACGUUACAAAGUGGGCAAAUUCAUAUUGGAAACCCAAAAGAUCACAGCGACGUCUUGCUGGGAGUCUCCAUCCGAAGCACACCAUUUAGCCAGUGGCACAUCGGCUGUCAACAUCCAUCACGAGUCGGCAGAGGCCGAGUUUGAUAGCCAGGACGAAGACGAAUGUGAAGACUUAUUUGCAGGAAUCUGGAGCCCAGGACUGGCGAUGCGUCGCAGAGAUCGCAAAAUUGAACGCCGACCAGCAGUGUUUGGACUUUCGUAA